GAGGAGGAAGGAGGAGGAGGAGGAGGAGAGAGGCCCAUCCUGCCAAGCAACCUCCAGGAACAAAGACGAGUUUCUGAUGGCACCCAGUCCCCUCGUCCUAUCAGCCGAGCUGAAUCCUUGAGCCUUCUCCGGGGUCAACCGACCAACAGGAGCUGGGUGAAGAGGAAUUCGGCAAAGUGGGUGGCCGAAAUGAACCCAUCCCGCCUUUCCAUAUCUUGGAGUAGCACCAGGAGGAAAGGGUUGAAGGAGCUUCUCCUGCAGAGCAGUCAAGCCAGCCCCACCUGGCUUACACCUUCCCUCAAAGAGUCCAUCUCGAUGGAGACCCAACGGGUAGAGGAUCCGUUCUCGGAGGCGAAUUCUGAAGAGUCGUGCUUAGCUCUGGACCCCUUGGAACACGAAUGGAUGUUGACGGUGGCCCAAGGGGACGCCGAAAGCAUCCUCAACCUCUUAGCCAAGGAGCCCAGCCUGUUUUCCAGGAGAGAUUUUGUGACUGGUUUUACUGUCCUCCACUGGUUGGCCAAACACGGCCGUCACGAAGAUUUGAUCCGGGUGAUGUCUUUUGCAGAGAGGAACGGCUAUCCAACCAACGUCAACAUACUCACGGCCAGUGGGAGACUGACCCCUCUCCACUUGGCUGCUCUUCAGGGCCACGCGAUGACCAUCAAGAUCCUAGUAGGAGCCUUCGGGGCCAACACCAGCCUCAGGGAUCACAAUGGCCGCAAAGCUUGGCAGUACCUCCACGCCGAUGCUCCCAGAGAGUUGAAGGAACUCCUGGGAGCAACGGAAGAAGACUUGGCCGUCCCCGGAGCAGGGAACACCAACAAUAACUGCGCUCCUUCAAGAUGGGGUUGGAUCGGGGUCUUUAGGACGGAAUACCAAAUUCCUGAGGCUGCAAGGGUGGGCCAGAGGAACAGUCCCAUGGGUUCUUACUUCAGAAACAUCUUCAGGCAAGCAGUUGCAUACUUCCAAGAUCAUUAGUGGUCUCCUGGACGGUUAAGAACGGUUUGAUUUCUUGGCUUGGAUUGAUCUUCGUAGCCCUUAGAGAAACGGCAGUUAAGAAGGCAGAGGGAAGUGAUAAGGUGUUUUAUCUCCCGCGUUUUAGCAAAUCUCAGGAUAGGAAUUUUUUUUUUUUGGCUCAAGGAAGUGGAUACAGGGAAGAAGUAGGAAUGAAACUGGGGGGGAUGUCCUUCGCAUUUCAUCUCUAAAGGGUUGUGGGUGAAUGUAUGAUGUUAAAAAGAACUUGAAAUUCUGCCUCUGGAAAAAAUGUCUCACCUUAGCCCCCGAGAAUGCAGGACGUCACGUUAUACAAAGAUAUGCGCAUAUCUUUGCAUAACGUAUUCGGAUUAUGCUAAGCCGAAGGACCAGCAAAGAACUAUCUUAUGUUGAGGGUGGACGGCCUCACCUUUGGCCACUGGAAAAAAAAAACCCUCUAAAUCAGCUUGCUUCUGACAGCUCAACAAUACAGUUUGGCAGACAACUGGCUUUUUAAAAUCAGAGGUGAAAUGCUUAAAGGAAGCAGAAUGUAAUACCGGCUGCCUGCUCUUUUGGCAGAAUGGGGUGGAAAAGAGUCAGAAAUAAUAUUUUAAACAGUACAAUGAAAAGAUGCACAGUGGUAGAUGCAGGCAUUUCGUAUUGA